UCAAACUACUCUACUACACUGCCAUCCUCCAGGACAACCAUGUGGCUGGCCAAAGUGCUACUCGCCUUCUUCUGCCUUGCUUCCAGCACCUGUGGGAACUUAACCCCAGAUUUCUGUUCCCAGGUCCUUAACUCAGAUUUGAAGCCAGAAUUUCCCAAAUUAAUAAGGACCAAUGACGCAGGAGUCCUCAAAGCAGCCAGACACAGCGCACAGAAGUUCAACAACUGCACGAAUGACCUCUUCUUGUUCAAAGAGUUCCGAGUCAGCAGAGCUCUGGUACAGAUGCAGGGCCUGAAAUACAUGCUGAUGUUGGAAGUCAGUAGAACUACGUGCAAGAAAACCAGUUCUCCUUCUCUGGACAGCUGUAACUUCCAAACCAGCCCCACCCUGAAGUGGGUUCUGAACUGCUACUCUGAAGUCUGGGAUGUUCCCUGGCUGCAGAGCUUCGAGGUGCCUGUUCUCUACUGUCACUGACUUCCUUCUGCCUC